AUGGAUGUAAAAGACAGAAGGCACCGUUCUUUAACAAGAGGUAGAUGUGGGAAGGAAUGUCGCUAUACAAGUUCUUCACUGGACAGUGAAGACUGCAGAGUACCUACUCAGAAGUCCUAUAGUUCAAGUGAAACACUGAAGGCUUAUGAUCAUGAUACAAGAAUGCAUUAUGGAAAUCGAGUUACUGACCUAGUUCAUAGAGAAUCAGAUGAAUUUCCAAGACAAGGAACUAACUUCACCCUUGCUGAACUAGGAAUUUGUGAGCCCUCCCCCCACCGAAGUGGUUAUUGUUCAGAUAUAGGAAUCCUUCAGCAAGGCUAUUCCCUCAGUACUGGGUCUGAUGCUGACUCAGAUACAGAGGGUGGAAUGUCUCCCGAGCAUGCCAUUCGACUUUGGGGGAGAGGGAUUAAAUCCAGGCGGAGCUCUGGUCUGUCAAGCCGUGAAAAUUCUGCCCUUACCCUGACUGACUCUGACAAUGACAAUAAAUCAGAUGAGGAAAACGAUUUUCAUACUCAACUUUCUGAGACAUUGAAAGACAGACAGACUGGCUGGCAGCAGCUGGCUGAAACAAAGAAUUCUCUAAUACGUCGUCCCAUUCCACCUACGUCUUCGUCUAGCCUUCUCCCAUCUGCUCAGCUGCCCAGCUCUCAUAAUCCACCACAAGUUAGCUGCCAGAUGCCCUUGCUAGACAGCAAUACUUCUCAUCAAAUUAUGGAUACCAACCCUGAUGAGGAGUUCUGCCCAAAUUCAUACCUGCUAAGAGCAUGCACAGGGCCACAGCAAACUUCCAGCAGUGGGCCUUCAAAUCAUCACAGCCAGUCAACUCUGAGACCACCUCUUCCACCACCUCACAAUCAUACGCUAUCUCCACAUUCUUCUGCCAACUCCCUCAACAGGAAUUCCUUAACAAAUCGGCGGAACCAGAUCCAUGCACCAGCUCCUGCACCAAAUGAUUUGGCCACCACUCCUGAAUCUGUUCAGUUACAGGACAGCUGGGUUCUGAAUAGCAAUAUUUAUCUUCCUUUAAGGCAUUUUUUGUUCAAGACAUCAUCUGGAACAACUCCUCUCUUCAGUAGUUCUUCCCCUGGAUACCCAUUGACCUCAGGAACAGUUUACACACCACCUCCCCGACUGUUACCUAGAAAUACUUUCUCCAGAAAUGCAUUCAAGCUGAAAAAGCCCUCUAAAUACUGUAGCUGGAAGUGUGCUGCUUUAUCAGCUAUCGCUGCUGCAAUCUUGCUUGCUAUACUGUUGGCCUAUUUCAUAGCAAUGCAUAUGCUUGGACUAAAUUGGCAGCUACAGCCAGCAGAUGGACACACCUUUAACAAUGGAAUAAGGACAGGCUUGCCAGGUUCUGAUGAUGUAGCAACCAUGCCCUCUGGAGGUAAAGGACCAUGGGCCACUAGAAACAAUAGCAUUGACAGUGGGGAGGCAGAGGUCGGACGGAGAAUCACUCAAGAAGUGCCACAAGGAGUAUUCUGGCGAUCACAAAUUCACAUUGCGCAGCCACAGUUCCUGAAAUUCAAUAUCUCUUUAGGGAAGGAUGCACUUUUUGCUGUCUAUAUAAGAAGAGGACUUCCACCAUCCCAUGUACAGUAUGAUUUUAUGGAACGUUUAGAUGGGAAAGAGAAAUGGAGUGUCGUGGAGUCUCCUCGUGAACGUCGAAGUAUCCAGACCCUAGUUCAAAAUGAAGCUGUAUUUGUUCAGUACUUGGAUGUGGGGCUGUGGCACCUUGCUUUUUACAAUGAUGGCAAAGAUAAAGAAGUGGUUUCUUUCAGUACUGUCAUAUUGGAUUCUGUACAGGACUGUCCACGCAAUUGUCAUGGGAAUGGCGAAUGCGUAUCCGGAAUCUGUCAUUGUUUUCCUGGCUACCAUGGAGCAGACUGUGCAAAAGCUGCGUGUCCUGUUCUAUGCAGUGGCAAUGGACAAUACACCAAAGGAGCCUGUUUGUGCUACAGUGGCUGGAAAGGGCCAGAGUGUGACAUACCCAUCAGCCAGUGUAUUGAUCCGUCAUGCGGAGGCCAUGGUUCUUGCAUUGAAGGAAACUGUGUUUGCUCUGUAGGAUACAAAGGCGAAAACUGUGAGGAAGUUGAUUGCUUGGAUCCAUCCUGUUCCAACCAUGGUGUCUGUGUAAAUGGAGAAUGCCUCUGUAGCCCAGGCUGGGGAGGUUUAAAUUGUGAACUUCCACGUGCCCAAUGUCCAGACCAGUGCAGUGGGCAUGGCACAUACCUCACUGACACAGGCCUCUGUAACUGCGAUCCCAACUGGAUGGGUCCUGACUGCUCCGUUGAAGUAUGUGCUGUAGACUGUGGCACUCAUGGUGUAUGCAUUGGCGGAGCAUGUCGCUGUGAAGAGGGCUGGACAGGGAUAGCCUGUGACCAACGUGUUUGUCAUCCCCGCUGCACAGAACAUGGGACUUGUAAAGAUGGAAAAUGUGAAUGCCGAGAGGGCUGGAAUGGGGAGCACUGCACCAUUGAUGGCUGCCCUGAUUUGUGCAAUGGCAAUGGGAGAUGCACACUCGGUCAGAACAGCUGGCAGUGUGUCUGCCAGACCGGCUGGAGAGGGCCUGGAUGCAAUGUUGCUAUGGAAACCUCCUGUGCUGAUAACAAGGAUAAUGAGGGAGAUGGCCUCAUUGAUUGUCUGGAUCCAGAUUGCUGCCUCCAGUCGACUUGUCAGAAUAGCCUUCUCUGUCGUGGCUCACGUGAUCCGUUAGACAUUAUACAGCAAAGUCACUCUGGUUCAGAAGCUGUAAAGUCAUUCUAUGAUCGAAUUAAGCUCUUAGUGGGAAAAGACAGCACUCAUAUAAUCCCAGGAGAAAACCCCUUCAAUAGCAGCCUGGUAUCUCUGAUAAGGGGCCAAGUGGUGACUACAGAUGGAACCCCACUUGUUGGAGUCAAUGUAUCAUUUGUCAAGUAUCCAAAAUAUGGCUACACCAUCACUCGCCAGGAUGGCACGUUUGAUUUGAUUGCAAAUGGAGGAGCAUCGCUAACUCUUCAUUUUGAAAGAGCCCCAUUCAUGAGUCAAGAGAGGACAGUGUGGCUACCAUGGAAUAGCUUCUAUGCAAUGGAUACCCUCACUUUGAAAACUGAAGAGAAUUCUAUUCCCAGCUGUGACUUAAGUGGUUUCAUCAGACCUGAUCCUGUUAUAAUUUCAUCACCACUUUCCACCUUUUUCAGUGAUGCCCCUGGUCGAAAUUCAAUUGUUCCAGAGACCCAGGUUCUUCAUGAAGAAAUUGAGAUUCCAGGUGCCAACAUAAAGCUCUGCUAUCUGAGUUCCCGUACUGCUGGAUACAGAUCCUUGCUUAAAAUCACCAUGACACAAUCUCUUGUGCCUCUGAACUUAAUUAAAGUUCAUCUCAUGGUAGCAGUGGAAGGGCAUCUUUUCCAAAAGUCAUUCCAAGCAUCUCCCAAUUUGGCAUAUACUUUCAUUUGGGAUAAAACAGAUGCCUAUGGCCAGAAAGUUUACGGGCUCUCGGAUGCUGUAGUGUCCGUGGGCUUUGAGUAUGAGACCUGUCCCAGUCUGAUUUUAUGGGAGAAAAGGACUGCUCUACUGCAGGGCUUUGAACUUGACCCUUCAAAUCUAGGUGGCUGGUCUUUGGAUAAGCAUCAUGUACUUAAUAUAAAAAGUGGUAUUCUACACAAAGGUAGUGGAGAGAAUCAGUUUCUAACUCAACAACCAGCAGUAAUUACGAGCAUUAUGGGAAAUGGUCGUCGUCGAAGUAUCUCCUGUCCAAGUUGCAAUGGACUUGCAGAAGGAAACAAACUUCUUGCCCCUGUUGCACUUGCGGUGGGAGUUGAUGGGAGCCUGUUCGUUGGGGAUUUCAACUACAUUCGACGCAUCUUUCCCUCAAGGAACGUCACCAGCAUUUUGGAAUUAAGAAAUAAAGAAUUUAAACAUAGUAACAAUCCUGCUCACAAGUACUACCUAGCUGUGGAUCCUGUUUCGGGCUCUCUUUAUGUUUCGGAUACCAACAGUCGUCGUAUUUUCAGAGUCAAAAGCCUUACUGGUGCAAAAGACCUGGCUGGUAAUUCGGAAGUGGUCGCAGGGACAGGGGAACAGUGCCUGCCUUUUGAUGAGGCCAGAUGUGGUGAUGGAGGGAAAGCAGUAGAUGCAACAUUAAUGAGCCCUCGAGGUAUUGCAGUGGAUAAAUAUGGCCUUAUGUAUUUUGUUGAUGCAACAAUGAUCAGGAAAGUUGAUCAGAAUGGUAUCAUAUCAACUCUGCUGGGCUCUAAUGACUUAACUGCUGUUCGGCCACUGAGCUGUGAUUCCAGCAUGGAUGUCACCCAGGUGCGACUGGAGUGGCCAACUGACCUGGCUGUCAAUCCAAUGGAUAACUCACUGUAUGUUUUGGAGAAUAAUGUCAUCUUGCGAAUCACUGAGAACCAUCAGGUUAGCAUCAUUGCUGGUCGUCCAAUGCACUGUCAGGUUCCUGGGAUAGACUACUCUCUUAGUAAACUGGCCAUUCAUUCUGCUUUGGAGUCAGCCAGUGCCAUCGCCAUUUCACAUGCUGGUAUUCUUUACAUCAGUGAGACAGAUGAGAAAAAAAUUAACCGCCUUCGUCAGGUCACCACGAAUGGCGAAAUUUGCCUUCUGGCUGGGGCAGCUUCAGACUGUGACUGCAAAAAUGACGUGAACUGCAAUUGCUAUGCUGGGGAUGAUGCUUAUGCAACUGAUGCCAUCUUAAAUACUCCAUCCUCCUUAGCUGUGGCACCAGAUGGUACGAUUUACAUAGCAGAUCUUGGAAACAUACGCAUCAGAGCGGUCAGCAAAAAUAAACCAGUUCUCAACUCUUUCAACCAAUAUGAAAUCGCUUCACCAAGAGAGCAAGAGCUGUACAUCUUCAACAUUGAUGGCAUCCAUCAAUAUACUCUCAGUCUUGUCACGGGAGAAUAUCUAUAUAAUUUUACUUAUAGUGCUGAUAACGAUGUGACUGAGUUGGUUGAUAACAACGGCAACUCUCUGAAAAUUAGGCGGGAUACAAAUGGAGCUGCACGCCAUUUUUUAAUGCCUGACAACCAAAUUGUGACUCUUGCUGUCAGCACCAAUGGUGGUCUUAAAGCAGUGUCAACCCAGACCUUGGAACUUGGAUUAAUGACCUAUCAUGGAAGCAGUGGUCUUCUGGCAACCAAAAGUGAUGAAACGGGAUGGACAACCUUUUAUGAUUAUGACCAUGAAGGACGCCUUACCAAUGUAACUCGCCCUACUGGUGUAGUAACAAGCCUUCACCGUGAAAUGGAAAAGUCUAUUACGAUAGAUAUAGAAAACUCCAACCGUGAUGAUGAUGUCACAGUAAUUACCAAUCUCUCAUCUGUGGAGGCUUCCUACACAGUUGUUCAAGAUCAAGUGAGAAACAGCUAUCAGCUCUGCAGUAAUGGCACCCUGCGAGUGAUGUAUGCAAAUGGGAUGAGUAUUAGCUUCCACAGUGAGCCACAUGUCCUAGCUGGGACUGUGACCCCAGCAAUAGGACGAUGCAAUAUUUCAUUGCCAAUGGAAAAUGGCUUAAAUUCAAUAGAGUGGCGUCUCAGAAAGGAACAAAUUAAAGGAAAAAUUACUGUGUUCGGAAGAAAGCUCAGGGUCCAUGGAAGAAAUCUGCUAUCGAUUGAUUAUGAUCGGAACAUUCGCACAGAGAAAAUAUACGAUGAUCACCGGAAGUUUACACUCCGUAUUAUUUAUGAUCAACUUGGACGUCCUUUCCUCUGGCUGCCCAGCAGUGGACUUGCUGCUGUGAAUGUCUCUUAUUUUUCAAAUGGACGGUUGGCUGGGCUUCAGCGUGGUGCCAUGAGUGAAAGAACUGAGAUUGACAAACAAGGCAGGAUUAUUGCACGCAUGUUUGCUGAUGGAAAAGUGUGGAGUUAUACAUACUUAGAAAAAUCUAUGGUGCUACUCCUUCAAAGUCAGCGGCAGUACAUCUUUGAAUAUGACUCUUCAGAUCGGCUGCAUGCUGUCACUAUGCCAAGUAUAGCUCGACACAGCAUGAGCACUCACACCUCAAUCGGCUAUAUUCGAAAUAUUUAUAACCCACCUGAAAGUAAUGCUUCAGUGAUUUUUGAUUACAGCGAUGAUGGAAGGAUUUUGAAAACAUCUUUUUUAGGAACUGGUCGGCAAGUUUUCUACAAAUAUGGGAAGUUAUCCAAGUUGUCGGAGAUUGCAUAUGACAGCACAGCAGUGACUUUUGGAUAUGAUGAAACUACCGGAGUUCUGAAGAUGGUUAACCUACAGAGCGGGGGCUUUUCUUGCACCAUCCGCUAUCGUAAAAUUGGCCCUCUGGUUGACAAACAGAUUUACAGAUUCUCUGAAGAAGGUAUGGUCAAUGCUAGGUUUGAUUAUACCUAUCAUGAUAAUAGUUUUCGAAUAGCUAGCAUCAAGCCUAUAAUAAGUGAGAUCCCUCUUCCAGUUGACCUCUAUCGUUAUGAUGAAAUCUCAGGCAAAGUAGAGCACUUUGGCAAAUUUGGGGUAAUCUAUUAUGAUAUAAAUCAAAUAAUCACUACGGCUGUAAUGACACUGAGCAAACAUUUUGAUACACACGGACGGAUUAAAGAAGUUCAGUAUGAAAUGUUCCGAUCACUCAUGUACUGGAUGACAGUGCAAUAUGACAGUAUGGGAAGGGUAACUAAGAGAGAAUUAAAGCUGGGGCCUUAUGCCAAUACAACUAAAUAUACAUAUGAUUAUGAUGGAGAUGGGCAGCUCCAGAGUGUGGCAGUCAAUGACAGACCAAACUGGCGUUACAGUUAUGAUCUAAAUGGCAACUUGCAUCUCUUGAAUCCUGGGAACAGUAUCCGAUUGAUGCCACUACGCUAUGAUCUAAGAGAUAGAAUUACGCGACUAGGUGAUAUGCAGUAUAAGAUUGAUGAUGAUGGUUUUUUGUGUCAAAGAGGUUCUGACACAUUUGAGUACAAUUCCAAGGGCCUCUUAACAAGAGCUUAUAAUAAAGCAAAUGGAUGGAGUGUUCAGUACCGUUACGAUGGAUUAGGAAGACGAGCCUCUUACAAAACUAACCUGGGACAUCACCUUCAAUAUUUUUAUGCUGAUCUUCACAACCCAACUAGGAUAACACAUGUCUAUAACCACUCAAAUUCAGAAAUUACCUCUCUGUACUAUGAUCUGCAAGGUCAUCUUUUUGCAAUGGAAAGCAGCAGUGGAGAAGAAUAUUAUAUUGCCUCGGAUAAUACGGGUACACCAUUGGCAGUUUUCAGUAUCAACGGUCUAAUGAUCAAGCAACUGCAAUACACAGCCUAUGGGGAGAUCUAUCACGAUUCUAAUCCUGACUUCCAAAUAGUCAUUGGAUUUCAUGGAGGGCUAUAUGAUCCCUUAACAAAACUGGUCCACUUUACUCAAAGAGAUUAUGAUGUUUUGGCUGGACGUUGGACCUCUCCUGAUUAUACAAUGUGGAAAAAUGUUGGUAAGGAACCUGCCCCAUUCAACUUGUAUAUGUUCAAGAGCAACAAUCCUCUCAGCAAUGAACUGGAUUUAAAGAACUAUGUGACAGAUGUGAAAAGCUGGCUAGUGAUGUUUGGCUUUCAACUCAGCAACAUUAUACCUGGUUUCCCAAGAGCAAAAAUGUACUUCGUACCGCCUUCUUAUGAAUUGUCGGAAUCACAGGCAUGUGAACAUGGUCAGUUAAUUACCGGCGUGCAGCAAACAACAGAGAGGCACAACCAAGCCUUCAUGGCCCUUGAGGGACAAGUCAUAUCAAAAAAAUUACAUGCCAGUCGUAGAGAAAAAGCAGGUCACUGGUUUGCAACCACUACUCCAAUUAUAGGUAAGGGGAUCAUGUUUGCUGUGAAGGAAGGCAAGGUAACCACUGGCAUUUCAAGCACUGCAACGGAAGACAGCCGAAAAAUCGCUUCAGUGCUUAAUAAUGCUUACUACUUGGACAAAAUGCAUUAUAGCAUUGAGGGGAAAGACACCCAUUAUUUCGUCAAGAUUGGCUCCUCUGAUGGCGAUCUUGUCACCCUGGCUAUGACAAGUGGACGCAAAGUAUUGGAUAGCGGAGUCAAUGUUACAGUGUCCCAGCCAACCCUCUUAAUCAAUGGAAGGACUCGAAGGUUUACCAACGUUGAAUUCCAAUAUUCCACCUUAUUGAUUAAUAUACGUUAUGGUGUGACCCCAGACACUCUGGAUGAAGAAAAGGCUAGAGUUCUGGACCAAGCUCGGCAGCGGGCUUUGGGGUCAGCCUGGGCCAAAGAGCAACAGAAGGCACGGGAUGGCAAAGAGGGGAGCCGCCUGUGGACUGAAGGAGAGAAGCAGCAGCUUUUGAGCACAGGGAGAGUCCAAGGGUAUGAAGGAUACUAUGUGCUCCCAGUAGAGCAGUAUCCAGAGCUGGCAGACAGUAGCAGCAACAUCCAGUUCUUAAGACAGAAUGAAAUGGGAAAGAGGUAA